CCCUGGGUCUUCCUCUCUGCAGAAGCCGCGGAGCGUUUACGCGGGGAGCAGCGCUUUGCUAACCCGGAGUGGCUGCGGUGUGAUUCCUGCCUCCCACCGCGUGGUCCGCAAACCAUCCCGCCUUUUGGGACUCGGCAGCCAGCGGGAGCACACGGAGGUUUAGGUUGGUCAGGGGCAUGAAGCCGCUCAGGGGAGCGGCGGACACCGAGCCCAUCCCGGUGGGGAGAGAUCAGGUACUAACCCCUCCGGAGUGAGACCCCUUUGCUCCUUCCCAGUCCCGGCAAGCUGAGCGCUGCGGCCAGAAGCGCUUCGGUUCCCUCUGGCUGGUGCCUCUCAGGGUCUUCCGAGAAGCGGGGAGGGGCUGCGUGUGACUCUGCCCAGGAAUCAGGCCCCGUUGGCAAACUGGAUCAGCCCCUGCCACGGGCAUGGUGCGGACCAGCGCUACCGCCUGAGUCGCGGAGCGGCGUGGUGCUGAAAUGGACAGCAGCCUGCACGACUGGCCCCUCAGCGCCCCGGCGGCCGAAGGCAAAGGAGCCGGGGACCAGCUGCUGGGGCUGGGCAGGUUCGGGGCCACGUGGACCAUCGCGUUGGCCAUGCUCAUGGCUCUGCUGAUCGUGGCCACCGUGGCUGGGAACGCGCUGGUCAUGCUGGCUUUUGUGGUGGACUCCAGCCUGCGGACCCAGAACAAUUACUUCCUCCUCAACCUGGCCAUCUCAGAUUUCCUAGUAGGUGCCUUUUGCAUUCCCUUGUACAUGCCCUAUGUGCUGACAGGAAGAUGGGCCUUUGGGAAAAGCUUCUGCAAGCUCUGGCUGGUAAUUGAUUAUCUGCUCUGCACCUCUUCAGUCUUCAACAUUGUACUGAUUAGCUAUGACAGAUUCCUCUCUGUGACAAGAGCGGUCACAUACCGAGCUCAGCAAGGUAAUACCAAGCAAGCAGUGCUGAAGAUGAUAAUGGUGUGGGUCUUAGCUUUCCUGCUCUAUGGACCUGCAAUUAUCAGCUGGGAAUAUGUAACAGGCCAGAGCAUCAUACCUGAUGGGGAAUGCUAUGCUGAAUUUUUCUACAACUGGUAUUUUCUCAUGACAGCCUCCACACUGGAGUUUUUCACCCCCUUCAUCAGUGUAUUGUUUUUCAACUUGAGCAUUUACCUGAACAUUCAGAAACGCACCAAAAUCCGCCUAGACCUCUUCCACGAAGUACAAAGCCAGUCAUUCAUGGAGGAGAUGGAAAUGAGCCCGGAAGGAAAGCUUUCCCUAAAAUGCUGUAAGUGGGACCAGAAAGAGCCAGGUGAAACCCUAGACCUUCCUAAAUGUGAAACACAACAAGGAGCUGCCAAUGCCAGUCAGAGUGUGAAAGACUCACAGAUAUCAGACUCAAAGAGCUCUGGGCCCUUUGGAGAGAAAUCAAAAUCUUUCAACAAGAGGGGCUAUAAACACUCAGCAUCUACAAUGUCUUUAGAGAAACGGAUGAAGAUGGUCUCCCAGAGCAUCACACAGCGUUUCAGGCUCUCCAGAGACAAGAAGGUGGCAAAAUCACUGGCAGUUAUAGUGAGCAUUUUUGGGCUUUGCUGGGCACCAUACACCCUCCUUAUGAUCGUCCGAGCUGCUUGCCAUGGCCACUGCAUCCCUGAUUUCUGGUAUGAGACUUCCUUCUGGCUCCUGUGGAUCAACUCUGCUGUUAACCCUGUCCUGUAUCCCCUCUGCCACUACAGUUUUAGAAGAGCUUUCAUUAAACUCCUGUGCCCCAAGAAGCUAAAGAUCCAACCCCACAAUUCCCUCCAACACUGCUGGAAGUGAGUCAAUCCAUCCAUAUAUUUGAGGAGCUGUCUUAUUGCUUUGUCGUAUUUUGCAAAACCACAAUAGUUCAUUUCCCUUGAAGAAUGUGAUGAUAGUGCUUUCAGGGGGUAAGGGUGUUCAGUAUUAACUUCUCAUGCUCUCUCAUGGGGAGCUGAAUGGAGAGAUGUGUGUUAAUCCCAUGGCACUUACGUCUGUGUUCACCCUCCUACACAUGCCCAGAAGAGCUCUACUGGCACCUAGACAGCCAAAAUGCGAUUGGUACUUAUUACAAAAAAGAAACCCAAAAUGUAAAUCAUAGAAUCAUAGACUUUAAGGUCAGAAGGGACCAUUAUGAUCAUCUAGUCUGACCUCCUGCAUAACGCAGGCCACGGAAUCUCACCCACCAACUCCUGUAACAAACCCCUAACUUAUGUCUGAGCUACUGAAGUCCUCAAAUCGUGGUUUAAAGACUUUAAGGUGCAGAGAAUCUAAUCUUUCCCACUGUAAGUAAUAUAUAGUUUAACCCAGAGGUUCUCAAACUGUGGUCCGUGGACCACCAGUGGUCCGCAAGCUCCAUUCAGGUGGUCUGCAGAUAGUUCCCUCUAAGGUGGGCACCUGGGUGGCCGAACAAGAGCAAAUGAAGGGCCACCCACCUAAUGAGUGGAGACUCCACUAGCAGGUGCGGCUCCACUAAUUAGGUGCCUGGACCCUGGAGAAGACGCAUAUGUAAGGUGAGGUGGCGGCCUUGGGGGGGAAUAGGGGGUAGGUGGGAGGGGGCACCUAAGAUGAGAAGAGGGGAUGGGGGGAAUUUGGGAUGUGCAGGGCUGCGGUGGCCAGAGAAAAGGUGACUUUUCCCAGCUCCAGGGCUGCAGCUGCCGGGGAGAGACGGCCCUCCUUCCCAGCCUCUGCUCUGUGGCUGCUAUGGCGGAGGAGAGCCCCCCCUCUUUGCCACCCCCAGCUCUGGGGCUGCUGUGGCAGGGGAGAAAGGGCUUCACAAAAGUUAGCUAAUGGUACAAACAACAUUUAGAAAGCUCAUUAAGUGGUCCGCUGAGACCCUCGGCAAUUUUCAAGUGGUCCAUGGAAAAAAAGUUUGAGAACCACUGGAUAUUUGCCAUGAGUGUGAGGUUCUCUUCUCAUAGCCAGUGUACUAUGCAUGCAUGAGAAGGAGCAAACAUUUCAAACACCUCCCAUUUAUAAUUAUUUGUAUUGUGAUAGCGCCUUGGGAACCCUAUGACAGACCAUGACCCCACAGUGCUGGGCAUUGUAUACACACAAAACAAAAAGACCUUCUCUGUCCAAAAGAGCUUACAAUCUAAGUCUCAGACAAGACAAGACAAAACAGAUGUGAGGAGCACAAGGAAGCAAUGAGACAAUAUUAGCAUGAAAAGCAGUGACCACAGUACUCCAGCUGCCUAUUGUAAGUAGAAAGUAUGUCUCACUCUUAGAAUGGUUAAUGGACAAAAUUAGCCCCACUGAAGUUCACAUGAACAGAACAAACUACAUUCACGCAUCAGUUCACUAUUAUCCUAUUUGUCUUGUAUGAUUGUUGCUGAAAAACUGACAGAAUUUCUCCACCUACAGCUAUGAUUGACUCCAUUGGCCUGGAGCCUCUGUGCUCUGAGCCCUCCGGCAUCCUCUGCUCCUUCAAAUCCCUCCAUAAAACUCACUUCUACAGGAAAUCCUUCCUCUUUUUUUCUCCCCCUAUACCCAGAGCUCCUGAAGUGCUGUCCUGUGUCUGUCUUUUCUUAUGUCUUUGGCUAUAUCACACCUCUGUUUACAAAGCACCAUCUUGAUUUACACGUGCGAUCUAUAAUAACCUUCACAAUAGACUUGCAUAACAGUAAUGAGAAUAUAGCAAGAUCACGGAUUGUUGUGGGAUUGAGGGACUGAGGUCAGACUGGUGGGAACUGGGCAGUACCUCUAUACUUUUUCAUUGAACUAUAGCAUGAGUCAGAUACUAACCUCUCCACACUCACAGCCCCUCUGGCAUGACACUGUUGGGUGAGGCCCAGUGAAUGGCUUAAGCCUCUUCUCCAAGUUUUUAGAAACACUUUUAGGAAUUGAUUUAUAGAGUGGCAACCCCUGGAGUAAGGGAGCUCCAUGGCCUUCCAUUUCAGUAAGUCCCAGACCUGCAGCCCCCGCCAGGAUCACCCAUCACCCACACGAACAGAAAUCCUGGCUCAGCUGAUGCAAGGAACAAAUAUAAGCAUUGAAGAACUUUCUAUGUGGUCUUGUGGUUCAGUGGCUACAGCACUAUUUUCAAGAAACCCGGACAAAUCUAUUCCCAGCCUGGUGCGUGACCUUUGCCAAGUCACUUUGUCUCUGCUUUCCCAUCCUAUCUGUUGUCAUUCUUCCCUGUUUAGAUGGUAAUAUUUUUGGGGACAGGGAUUGUCUCUUACUAUAUGUUUGUAUAGUACCUCCUGAUCCCAGGCGGGGCUUCUUGGUAUGAUCAUAAUAAUUAAUUAUCACAGUAAGAGUUCAGAUUUAACAGGACUGUAGAAAGGAACUAGAGUUCAGGACCCUGAAAUCUACAUUUUCAAAUAGGAACCCCAAAUGUUGAAAAGUAGCCCUAAAAAAACCCUGACAUUGUGAUUCCCAAUUAGACUUAGCUGCUGUAAAGAUAACUGUGUCUCUUGGCCUUUGCUAGGAAUAAAAGAAAUGAUAUAAUCCAAUCAUUCCAGUGACAUUUGUUGAUUAGAUAAACAGUGCCGUUUCAAGUCAAUUUUUAUUGACGAUGUUCUGUUUUGUGUCUACAGUAUUUGGAUCUGUAAUAGCCUCAGUUAAGUGACUAUUACAUACUUGUUAAAAAUGCAUCUUUCAAUCAACAUAAUAAGUGUACUAAGACCAGUAGGGUUGUGUAUUGUGAAGUCUACUUGUAGCUUUCUUUGUGCUGCAGAGAAACUCAAUAAAAGUUAUUUUUAUAU